AGAUUACAUACUACGUAUUUGAUUAUUACAUAAACGUAAAUUAAUUUGUUUUGCAAUCUGAAAGUAGGUUCAGUUCUAACUUCCUCCUGACAUGAGUAACUAAAGGUUCCCUACAGAUAAGUAUAAUAAGUUAACGUUUGUGGGUAUGACUGGGUGAAAUUGAUUUUAAUGUAUUUAUUUACUUAAUAUAAUUUCAGCCUAUUUAACCUUUAUUCAUUUACACUGAUUACUUUUUAUUAAUCAAAUAAUAUAGUGGUAUUUGAGUGGGAAUAAAAAUAGGUAUUUUGCGUGAGAUUUUCUUUUUGUGUUUUCUUAGUAAGUAGACAUUCUGCAAAGAUUAGAAUAAUAAUGUUCUGAAUAAUCUGCAACCAGGUUCAGUCCAGUCAAAAAGUGUUUAAAAAGUUUAGUUAAAGUGGCGUAAAAACUUAAAAUAAGAAGUGAAAUUUAUCUUUGUUAUUUUCACAAAUGGAAUAAAAGUUUGACAAAUAACAAGGAAUCGUUAAAUAAUCCACGUGUUGUACUAGAAAUUGAAGAUAAUCCCGAUUACAUACAAAGGCGUAAUAAUCAUUUAAUGAAGCUUCGAAUCGGAAGCUAACUUCAGUGACGAUUAUCUGAACACCAGAACAUACAAUGAUGGGUAUUGGUGGACAGUCGGAAUGUUUUUCCGGUAACACAGGAAGUGUAGUAAAGGUCGCUGCAUCACAUGGAUCCUUCGGGCUGCCGUGGAUUUUACAUCAAUUGAGUUAAAACUCUGGUUCUAGGAGGGGACGCGGGACCAGCAUCAUGCCGCUGUCGGACUUCCUGGACGGCCUGAAGGACAACCCGUACUUCGGUGCUGGGUUCGGACUGGUCGGGGUCGGGACAGCGCUGGCCGUGGCCAGAAAGGGAGCCCAGGUGGGCAUGGUGUUUUUCCGAAGGAACUACAUGAUCACCCUGGAGGUUCCCAGCAGGGACAAGAGCUACCACUGGCUGCUGAGCUGGAUCACCAAGCACGCCACGCACACGCAGCACCUCAGCGUGGAAACCUCCUACAUGGCACACGAGAGCGGACGGGUCCACACGCAGUUCGACUUCCACCCGAGUCCAGGGAACCACAUCAUCUGGUACGGCAGGAAGUGGAUCCGGGUGGAGCGGACCAGGGAGAAGCAGAUGCUGAAUCUGCAGACCGGGACUCCGUGGGAGUCCAUCACCUUCACCGCUCUGGGCAGAGACCGGCAGAUCUUCUUCAACAUCCUGCAGGAAGCGCGGGAGCUGGCGCUGAAGCAGGAGGAGGGACGGACCGUCAUGUACACGGCCAUGGGCGGUGAGUGGAGGCCCUUCGGGUUUCCACGGCGACGCCGGCCCCUCAGCUCCGUGGUGCUGGAGGCCGGCGUGGCCGAGCGCUUGGUGGACGACGUGAAGGAUUUCAUCGGGAACCCGCGCUGGUACACGGACAGAGGGAUUCCCUACAGAAGAGGGUACCUGCUGUUCGGGCCCCCAGGAUGCGGGAAGAGCAGCUUCAUCACGGCGCUGGCCGGCGAGUUGGGCUACAGCAUCUGCCUGAUGAGCCUGAGCGACCGGACGCUGUCGGACGACCGGCUCAACCACCUGUUGAGCGUGGCGCCGCAGCAGAGCAUCAUCCUGCUGGAGGACGUGGACGCCGCCUUCGUCAGCCGGGAGCUGCUGCCCACCGAGAACCCGCUGGCCUACCAGGGAAUGGGCCGCCUGACCUUCAGCGGCCUGCUGAACUCGCUGGACGGAGUCGCUUCGUCUGAGGCCAGAAUCGUCUUCAUGACCACCAACUUCAUCGACAGGUUGGACCCGGCGCUGGUCCGGCCCGGCCGGGUCGACCUGAAGCAGUACAUCGGUCACUGCACCGCCUGGCAGCUGGGCCAGAUGUUCCGGCGGUUCUACCCGGACCAGCCGCCGUCGGAAGGAGAUCGCUUCGCUAAGCUAGCGUUAGCCGCGCACACGGAGAUCAGCGCCGCUCAGGUCCAAGGACACUUCCUGCUGCACAAAAUGGAUCCAGCAGGAUCCAUAGACAAUGUGGCCCAAAUACGAGGAUGAUGGAUCGGAACCGGACAGAAUAAAGACUUUAUUUAACAGGAAGCCUCUAGUUUAUUGUUUAUUAAGAGCAACAAUAAACCAGAGUUGGUUAGAUAUACAGUUUGUUUUAUGUGAUAAUAUUUCUUUGUAAAAAGCUGCCUGUUUCCUGACCCAAAGUUUCUAAAUAUUGGAGUAAAAAAGAUCAUUUUUGGUUAUCUGGGAAUGUUUAAUUCCACCUGCAGUUGUCUCAUGAAAUAUUUUGAAAAAAGUGACAUAUUUUAAGAUGUUUUGCUGCAGAUUCUAUGCUGAAAUCUUUCUUUAAAUGCAAACAAAAUGAAUCAAAAUGAAAAACAGCCAGUUACUUGAACGUUCAGUGGUUCAAAAACAUUAUAAUGAGAUUGGACCACUUUGUAAUUUAAACUUUCCUAAGGAGAAAGUUCAUAUUUCGACAGUCAGCUGAAUGUGCAGUGGCAGCUGCUCCCAGAUUUUGCCAAACAUAACAAUGAAAUGCAUAUAAAUUGUACUAUAUGCGACAGUUUUCUCUACCUAAAUGUAAUCUGUAUUAUUUACACAACAUUUCCACCAACUAGCUCUUCAGCAGUGAAUUUAGCGAAGCUAUGAAGCUAAAUAUCCUAAAUAAAUGUCUUGUUACUGGGGAAAUUGAUCACAUUUGGCCAAUCAGCAUCGCUGACCGUAAUGUUCGCUCUGCCGUAAACGCAGGAAAGUCUGGUUGCCAUGGUGAUGAAUUGAUAAUGGCGGCGGAUAGAUGAGGAGAAGUUCAGACUAAAUUCUCCAUCUUGAAUCGGAACAGUUGAUUUUCAAGAUGGCCGCUAAACUACUGGUUCUGUUUUUUGCGUGUUAUUAGUUUCAGCUUCCAUGUUGCUGUUUACUGUCUGUUGGAUCUGCAGCUACAUGCUAACGCCGUUAGCCUAACGGUUAACUCACUUCCUCCUGCUUUCUUAUUGCUCAUUGGUUAAUAUUCAUAGCUUAGGUUUUAUGGAUAAAAUGGCUUGUUUUCAGAAAAUCAGCAUUUUUAAAAGUGAACCACAUUUGAAAGCUUAUUUUGAAAAGUCAUACUUCUGAUAAAAAAGUAGUAAUUUUGAAAUGAAAGUCCGAAUUGUGUAAAA